AUGGACACGGACAUUCCGAAGGCCGGCUUUGACUCGCUGCCAUCCACAUCUCGGAUCUUAUCUGAUAUUCAGCUGACAUUCGGAGAGUGGGAAGUAUUCGUUGACGAGGCUAAAACGUUGAUCUACUUCCUGGGCUACCGCGACUCACCGCUCGAGAAACCUCCAAAAAUUUUCAAUUUCGUGGGAAGAUCUAGCGGAUUCCUUCAUUACUGUUACGUCUUUACGCCGGAUAACUGUGAAGAGACUUUAAAGUACCCUACCGUCCUUUACGUAUAUGGCGGACCGGAAGUUCAACUUGUGAAAAACGUCUGGACGGGGUAUGAACAUCUUUGCUUAACAAACAUUGCCAGUAAUAUGUGGUGGCAAUUUGAUUUCUGUACAACCGUUCUUACUUACAGGUCGAUGUGCGUGCAGAAGUUGACAAGUUUGGGAUACGUGGUAAUAAUUAUCGACGGACGGGGAUCGGCUCACAGAGGGAUUAAAUUCGAAUCCGUUCUGAAGCAAAAAAUGGGUGUGGUUGAAAUCGAGGAUCAGAUGGAGGGCUUAUUUGCAAUCGCUGAAGAGUAUAAAAUUAUCGAUCUAGAAAGAGUCGCUAUUUACGGAUGGUCAUAUGGCGGUUAUCUGUCGCUAAUGGCAAUCUGUCAAAACCCGGAAGUGUUCAAGGUGAGUUUUGGCUGGGUUGUGUUUCAUUACCUCUUUGGCCAAGUGAUGUCGCGUUCGUUUAAGAUAGCAAUAUCCGGAGCCCCGGUGGUCAAUUGGAACCUCUACGACACGGCGUACACAGAACGCUAUCUCGGUCUUCCGCAGGAAAACUCGGCGGUGUACGUCGAAAGCUCCUUGCUAAGUAGAGUGGACGACUUUCCGUCCGAGGCCGGCAGAGUGCUGAUUAUCCACGGCUUGUUGGACGAGAACGUUCAUUUCAAGCACACGUCCACCUUGGUCGAGGCGCUAGUGAACGCCGGCAAACCGCAUCAGCUGCAAAUAAUUCCUAAUGAGGGCCACGCAUUUCGCUCCGCCGCCUCCUUGCAGUACAUGGACGCGCUUAUUAUAGAUUUCCUU